CCAUCUAGCGCUCAAGAAUAGGAACUACUUAGCUAAAAACUUGAGCGUUUCACCGCCGAUGGCGCUGAUCGCAGAGAACAUCAAAUGCGAUAAGUGAAGUAUACUGAAGUAUGCAUAUACCCGGGUCGAAUCUGGUCGGCAUUUGUGAUCUGUGUACAUGUUCUGGAAGCUCAUGGCCUGUUUAAAGUAAUGGCAUUUGCGACGAGGAGUUUGCGGCAUUUAUACAAAGUAUAUAAUGGAAGUAAAGGCACAAUAUAUUCUACACCCCGCCUACCGAUUAUUCGAAAAUCCGUUCUUCCAACAGUGCAUCAUUAUUACUACAGCACUGAGACACAUCGUCCAAAAAUAACAGGUAGUUUGACGAAUAUACAAUCAUCCGGUGGAACUGUUCAAUCCCUAGCACCAGAUGUGUUGGACAAUAAAAAGUUAGGUGAAGAAGAAAAAGAAGAGGCAGAGGAAAAUGAGAGACGCGAACAAUCGAAGAAGGUGCUUAAAUAUAGUUUCACAUUUUUUGGUGUGUUUAUCACUGUUGGAUUAUCUUAUAUAAUAUAUGAUCUAACGAGAACAAAAUAUGACGAACAUGGAAAUAUCAUUGAAGAUGAAUUCUCAAAUUUACCAUUGUACCAGAGAGUAUUUAAAAGGCUCACAAGGGAAUUUAAUUAUUAUUCUAAGAUGGUUCAAGAACCCAGCAGAGAUAAGUUGCUUCCAGACCCUCUCAAAUAUCCUUACAUUCAGCCCCCUUACACUUUAGUGUUGGAAUUGACAGAUUUACUUGUCCAUCCUGAUUGGACGUAUGAAACUGGUUGGAGGUUCAAAAAGAGACCUGGAGUGGAUCAGUUUCUAGAAGCUGUGGCUCCACCACAAUUUGAAAUUGUUGUGUAUACUGCAGAACAAGGAUUGACUGUUUUUCCUAUCUUGGAUAUACUGGAUCCUAAUGGAUAUAUCAUGUACAGACUAGUCAGAGAUACAACACGUUUUGUAGAUGGCCAUCAUGUUAAAGAUUUAGAUGCUCUUAAUCGUGAUCUCAGUAAAGUUAUAGUAGUUGACUGGAAUGAGAAGAGUACAAAAUUCCACCCUGAAAACACUUUGAGGUUACCACAAUGGACGGGUAAUGACGAUGAUACGACAUUGUACGACUUAGCUGCAUUCCUCAAAACCAUAUUAGCAAUAAAUGUGGAUGACGUGCGGGAAGUUCUCAAUUAUUACAGACAAUUCGAUAAUCCAUUACAAGUUUUCAGAGAAAACCAACGGAAAUUGAUGUUGCAAAUGGAAGAAGAAGAAAAUAAGGCACAGCAAGAAAAUAGCAAAGUACUUACCUCAAAGUGGAAACCAUCUUUCCUCCGAAAUCGUUAAAUCAUGAUAGAAAAUGAAAGAUUGUAAAAUGUAAAAAUUUGUAGACCUUCGUUAACAUGUUCGUUUAUUUUGUUAAUGCACAUUACAUGUAAUUAUUGUAUACUUUUUGCAUAAAUAAACAAGUAAUUCGUCCAAA